AUGGUUCCUCAUCCACCUGUAGUUGUGGUUACGGGUGCCAACAAGGGCAUUGGUUUCGAAGUGUGUAAGAAGCUCAUAGGGAACGGUGCCAGGGUGAUCAUGUCCGCUAGGGACGAGAAGAGGCUCAGGGAAGCGGCAGAUACUCUUAAGCCCUAUGGUGCUGUUCAGUUGGAUGUCUCUGAUGCUGCAUCCAUCGAGGGCGCAAAGGCACAAAUAUCUAAACUAACACCAUCAAUUGAUGCACUUGUCAACAACGCUGCCGUGCUAUUGGACGAGGACGAUUCGGAAGCCUCCUAUGAGCAGUCGCGUCGAACGAUCGAGGUUAAUCUCUACGGUUGUGUAAAAGUCACUGAAGCUUUUUGGCCAAUGAUGGCCGACAAAGGAAGAGUGGUGAACGUCAGUAGUGCACUCGGUAACCUGUCGCAGGUUUCCGAGCCCUUGCAGAAACGCUUAGCUUCUCCUGAAAGUACUGUUGAAGAUAUUUUUCGUAUUGCUGACGAUUAUCUCGAGGCCGCGAAAACAGGGCAUGUUGUGAAGGCAGGAUUUGCCAAGAACAUGUAUGGGACUUCUAAGCUCCUACUUAUCGCUUGGACUAAAGCUCUGGCUCGGGAGGCGUUAAUGGACCCGAGAAGAAUAGUCGUAACGACUUGCACGCCCGGUUACUGUGCUACCGACAUGACCAAGUAUAAGGGAGUUCUGUCAGCGGCGGAAGGCGCCGAGGUUAUCAGUUGGUUAGGGGCUGAAUGCGAAUACGAUGCUAGUAUGAGUGGCAAGAUGUACAGAGGCAAGCAGGAAGAAGAAAAUAACAAGUUCGUGUUCAAAGUCGAAAGCCGAUAA